AUGUAUGAAUCAUUGUGUGCGUGGACUGUGGACUGUAGACCUUCCUCUCUGCAGGUGGUAGUUCUUGCGGAGGAGCCCUUACCCAAGCUUGCACUUGAUGAGCUGUGCAAGCUGGUUCACAAUAACAUCCGGGGAGCUAUAACCAAUGAGAAAAAGAUUCAAGCACAACUUGCAUCACUAAAAAAGUGGCAUCGCUGA